ACGAUGAUGUUUCACACGCUUGUUUUGUUCUGUUUGUCCUGCUGGUGUCUGAUCAGUGUGUUUGGUGAGUCAGUGUCAGUGAUGGAGGGAGAUUAUGUGACUUUACACACUUCUGUUACUAAAACACAUGAAGAUGAUUAUAUACUGUGGAAGUUUGGAGCUGAAAUGUCUCUCAUAGCUAAAAUCAGCAUUGAGAAGCAACUCUCUUUCACAUAUGAUGGUGCUGAUGGGAGAUUCAGAGACAGACUGAAGCUGGACAAACAAACUGGAUCUUUGACCAUCACAGACAUCGCAUCUGAACAUGCUGGACUCUAUAAACUAGAGAUAAAUGGACCUAUGUGGUCAUCAAAAACAUUCAAUGUUUCUGUCUAUGCUCAUCUGCCUGUACCUGUCAUAAGAAGAGACUGUUCUUCAUCAUCAUCAUCAUCAUCAUCAUCAUAUUGUUCAUUGCUGUGUUCAGUGGUGAAUGUGGGUCAUGUGACUCUCUCCUGGUACAAAGGAAACAGUUUAUUGUCCAGCAUCAGUGUGUCUGAUCUCAGCAUCAGUCUCUCUCUACCUCUGGAGGUGGAAUAUCAGGAUAACAACACCUACAGCUGUGUGCUCAACAAUCCCAUCAGCAACCAGACCACACAUCUGGACAUCAGUCAACUCUGUUACACAUGUGCAGAUCAGGGCUUGUUUUACACAGUGCUGCUCUCUGCUGCUGCUGGAUUGCUGUUAACUGUAGCUGUAGUCGGGAUCUUCUGCAUCUGCAAGAAAUGUAGAAAAAUGGACAGAAAAGGCAAGUAUUAACGGCUUUUUAUUAAGUAUUAUUAUUAUUAUUAAUAUCAAUUUGAAAAUAUACUCUAAAUACAGUCAAAUAUUAAUAAUACUAAUAAUCAAUAUUUAUUGUCAU